AUGCCUGAAAGUGCUUAUCAAACCACCACAGUUGUUUUUGAUAGAAAAAUUUUAAUUGCAGGGCUAGGGUUUGGAAACAUAUUAGAAUAUGAUCCUGCUAAAAAUUCUUAUGACACAAUUUUCAAAAUUGCCAAAAAAAAAACAAAAUUACUUAUUGUAAUCCAAGACCAAUGCUAUCUUUUGAGUAUCUAUUUUUACUCUUCAGAAAUAAAUAAUGCAAAAAUAUGAAAUUGUUUAGGAAGGAUAAAGAAUAUACCACUUUACCCUAUCUCAAAUAUUUGCUAUUAUAACAAUAAUAUUUUAUUCUUCAAAAUUAGCUCACUCAUAUGUAAGUUUGAUAUGGAGAAUUUGGAAUAUAGAAAGAUUGCAGCGACCUCGGAUUCUCUGAAUUUCAAGGAUAAUCUCCAAAUUAAUAAAAGUAUUUGCAUUUUAUUUUAA